GUCAUUCUAACGGAUUUUAAUUUUGAAUAGUGAAACAAGUUUUUCGAAACUAAUUAUGGAAAACUUGCUGACAGAUCCCUGUAUUGAAUACAAUAAAAUGAUGGCGGAAAUUCAAGCUUGCAAUUCUUUUAAAUAUUCUGCAUAUCGUACAGCUUAUAAAUUGUUAAUUCUUCACAAAUAUCUUGGUUUUCAAAAUGUUUCUUUGGAUUUGAUUAAAGGAGUGUUCAUGAAGUAUCAGAUUCAUUCUACUGAUAAUUAUUUGGUGUUAAAUCCAGAAGAAACAGAAAAUCUUUUGUAUGAUAUAUUUUUUGCUGCCUCCAAGCAACAUGGAUCUAACUUUAACUUCCAAAUGUUUUUAGAAUUGACUAAAAUGUUCUUGAAAAACAUACCUAUAAAUCAGAGAAAUUCUAAUACUGUAUUAUUUUUGAAGGUGGUAUUGAUUUGUCUUUCAACCUCAUCGUUACAGGCCAAAUAUCAAUACUGGUUCUCACAGUUGGUUGAUCAUAACCUUUGCUUACCAAGAAGAAGGCUUCAAUUAUUGCUUCAAAUACUUAUGAUGAUUACUGAAUAUUUAUCAGAGUCUAACACUUUUUCUGAAACUUUGAUUCAACCUACGCUAGAUUCAUGUUUUACCAAGAAUCAAAGUGUACUGGGAAUAAGUGAAGAUGAAUUUAUUCUUUGGGUUAAGAAAGAACCUCAGUUCUUAGUAUGGCUGUCCACCUUUCAUAGGCUGAGUAUUUCACUAAAUGUGAAUCACAAUGUUCAAUGUUCUGCUUGCGGUAUACUUCCUAUAGUUGGAUUACGAUACCAUUGUCUUCAGUGUAUUCAGUAUGAUCUGUGCCAGCUUUGUUUCUUCACAGCUCGUAGUAAUAAACAUCAUAAACCUCGACACAUAAUUCGUGAAUACUGCACACAGAGUUCAUUUUAUGAAACUGCUUCUGUAUUCAUUAAAGAAGUUUUUAAACGGUUAUGUGGUCAUUCUACUAAACUUCAAUAUCUCCCAGUAAAUAUCAGUGGUUCAAUUAAACUUGAUUCAUCUUGUGAAAAAAAUGUUUCUAUCGAAACAUCUUCCAAUAGAAAUCAAGCAGAACAAAAAUAUUGUCUACAGAAUACAGAAGAUGGAAUAAGAAGUGAACUCCAGAGAAUUACUUCUGAAAUAGAAAAGGAAGCAAGGUUAAUGCUAUCUGAUGUUGCGACAGAAAUUUCAACUAAUUAUUUAAUUGAUCACCAGGCAAGGUUUUUGCAAGAACGUUUGGAUAAAAUAAAAGCACUUCAGUAUUCACUGGCCAAUAGAAAAGAAGAUAGAUCUAUUCAAAAUGAAAUUCCUGCUCUACAAUCUCCUCUUAUGUCUGAAAUUGAAAAAGAUUCAACAUUGUUAAUUCCUAAUUCCAGUGGAUUUUCAACAUGGCUAGAAUCCACUGAAAAUGAUGAAACAUAUAGCAAACAGCUACAUUCUGAACUGGAACAUAUAAUGACCAAGCUAAAUUGUAUGUUAGAGUCUAAUUUUUCUUUAAAUGAAGAUAGUUGACUCUUAUUGCUCUACCGUUUUGAAUAAAGCGUUUAUUUAUCAUUGAUAGAUGAGAAGGAGAUGAAAUCUUUGUAUAAUUGAAAAUAUACAAACGAUAAUUGUAACUUAUAAAUUUAAUGACAAUAAUUAAGAUGAGAACAUGUAUAUAUACUAGUUCAUUAAUUUUUUUUUAGUUUUUAAAAAAUAAUGUAUUUUCUUUUAAUAUUUAAUUAGGUUUAGAUAAUAAUUUUGGGGGUUCUCAGUGAGUCACUUAACUUUAUUCCCUUUGUGUCCUUGUUCAAGGCUGGCUGUGGCAAUUAUCAUUUAUUCUGUUAUAUUGGCUGUGGAUCAACACGGGGGUCAAGAGAAUCUCCUGGAGAGCACCCAGCCUGUGUAAAGUAGGUACCCACAAUUAAGGUUAAAACCUAGAUAUUCAGUUAUUGGAUGAUGAGCUAUCUUGGCCAAAUCACCUCAUUGCACAACUGUUGGCUUAGAAACAGUAUUUAAUUUAAGUGAACCCAAGACCCUUCAUAGAUUGCAGUGGUAGAGAUUUAAUUAAUAAUUUUAGAGUUACAUUUUUACAGUUUUAAUAAGAUACCCUUCUAAUGGACACUCCUCUCCUCAGACAAUUUUUAAAUGUCCUGGCCUGGAAGCAUAGAACUUAUUCUCCUAAUGAACAGGAAAAGCCAAAUUUUUGUCACGGAGAGAUGAAUUUACUCUUUUGAAUGGGCAUUUACAACAUUUUAAAAAUUAAGAAAACCAUAUUUAAUUGGUUUUAUGUUUUGAUUUAUUUAAUACUUAAGUUUUAAAACCUAAAGCUAUAAAACUGUCAUUACAUUAAAGAAAUAAUUAUUUUUGAUUUUUUCAUAUAUGUUUAAUAAGGGUUUUAUCCUGAAGAUUGUACUAGAAACAUGUUUUUGAAUAGGAUUACGUAAUUUCCAUGUAGUGUUUAAAAUUUGUUCUAGUCAGAGCAAUUUUCAUAGAAAUCGCAUAUCUGUUCAUCUUUUAACUUUAAAAAUAAUAUGUCUCAAUUCUCGUUCUUUCAACUAAACAAAUUAAGAAUGGCAACAUGUAAAGUUCUUCCAAUAAAAAGAAAAGUAAAGAUAGUAAAUUCUAUUAAAUUAAAAAAGUUAAGUUUAUUGCUAGGCCAGUAAAAUAAGAGGUUUUUGUGGCAGUAAACGGAAAGAUG